GCGGAGAUUAGCGGAUGAAGCUCGGACCAUCUGUCACACGAUCACAGCUGUUGAUCGACGCGUCUGUCGUCUCUCUCCUCAGAUCGCACAUGGGGCCGCCGCGGCGCAGCUGGAGGGGGACGCACCCAGCUGACCGCGCGUCCUCGACGUCCUCUUCAUCACUGACAUCACUGUCUCGUUCCUAAGUAGCUCUCGAUGCUGGAGCGGCCGGAGCCGCGCAAGAGAAUGGACGGAUUCAACAGAGUCGCGUUUCGAAGGAAGCAGCCGAGUCUGGACCCUCCGGAGCCAGAAGUAGAAGAGAGGAAAGGCAAAGCUGCAUGUUUCCAGUCAAAGAAAGCGGACGAGGAGGCGUGUGUGGCGGUGAAGAUCGAACACUCCAGAGCUCUAGGCAGUAGCCCGGCGUGCGAUCGCGGCAACGCACCCAGCGUGCAGGCGUGUCUGAAUCGGGCCGGCGCUGGGACGACCUACAAGGGCAGGAGAGGAGUCAAUGGAAGAGGCUCUGGCAGCAGGCCCCGGCUGCAGUCUAAACCAGAAGUGCCUCCAAAGCCACCGCACCUCCAGAGCCCAGUGACGGAUCUCUCAUCCCCACUGGGACGCAACAAGAAGCCAUCACUUAGACGGGGCAUGGAAGAGGGAGUUGGAGGAGGAGGAGGAGGAGGAGGAGGAGGAGGAGGCAGAACGUCUGUGAGCCGGGAGAGGGCCAGGGAGAAACACUCCAAAGUCUCAGACCUGAUCAGUCGCUUUGAGGAGAACAGCCACACAGAGAACAAGAGAGACAGCUCGCCGCUCAAACCCAUCAGCAAGUCGGCCAACUGCAGCCCGGCCCACCGCCCCCAGCCGAGGCAGACGGAGAGCGGCAGGAACCAGGAGAACGGCUCCUCCGCGCACAAGGAUGACCACAAGCCGGCGGCGAACGGGUCACUAGUGCCGGAGAUGGAGCAGGACAAGGAGGAGAGAGAGGAGGCCGCGACUGAGAGCGCGAGGACAGAGAGCGCCGCGCUGGUGAACGGAGACAUGGGCGACGGGGGCGCGGGGCAGGAGGAGGAUCAGUCACCGCCGCAGACGGACAGGACUGACACACAAAACCACGCUGAGGUCAAGGAGACUGGGACUUCAGCGGAAAGGGAGCACAGGAGCGAGGAAGGAAGCUCAGACCAGAAGGAGACGAAUGAGCAGAAGCUGUUUAAGAUUGCCAGCGAGCUCUUGCACACGGAGAAGGCCUACGUAGCCAGACUCAACCUGCUGGACCAGGUUUUCUGCGCUAAGUUAAUGGAGGAGGCGAAUAAAGGAACAUACCCCGUGGACGUGGUGAAGAACAUCUUCUCCAACAUCUCCUCCAUCAACACGUUCCACAGCCAGUUCCUGCUGCCGGACCUGGAGAAACGCAUGGGGGAAUGGGCGUCCACGCCUCGCAUCGGGGACAUCCUGCAGAAACUCACGCCCUUCCUCAAGAUGUACGCCGAGUACGUGAAGAACUUCGACAAGGCCAUGGAGCUGCUGAAGCAGUGGACGGACCGGUCCCCUCAGUUCAAGGCCACCAUCCAGGAGAUACAGAGUCAGGAAGUCUGCGGCUGCCUGACGCUGCAGCAUCACAUGCUGGAGCCCGUGCAGAGAGUCCCCCGAUACGAGAUGCUGCUGAAAGACUAUCUGAAGAAGCUGCCUCAGGACGACUCUGACCGGCGAGACGCAGAAAAAUCGUUAGAAAUCAUCGCCACAGCAGCCACUCACUCCAACAGCGCCAUACGGAAAUCUGAGAAUCUGAAGAAACUGUUGGAGAUUUACGAGAUGCUGGGCGAGGAGGAGGACAUCGUCCACCCCUCGAACGAGUUCAUCAAAGAGGGCCACAUCCUGAAGCUGGCGGCCAGGAACACCUCGGCCAUGGAGCGAUACCUCUUCCUGUUCAACAACAUGCUGCUGUACUGCGUGCCCAAGUUCAGCCUGGGGGGGCCCAAGUACACGGUGAGGACGCGAAUCGGCCUCGACGGCAUGAAGGUCCUGGAGACGAGCAACGAGGACUACCCCCACACCUUCCAGGUGUCGGGGAAGGAGAGGACACUGGAGCUACAGGCCAGCUCAGAGCAAGACAAGGCAGACUGGAUAAAGGCUGUCAAGAAGACCAUCGAGAUCUUCCAGCAGAAGAACGAAUCAUUCAAGAACGCAUUAAAAGACGUGGACGAAGUGUCGAAAGCAGAGCUGGGGAAGCGUGCCCCUCGCUGGAUCCGAGACAACGAAGUGACAAUGUGCAUGAAGUGUAAGGAGACGUUCAACGCUCUGACGCGGCGGAGGCACCACUGCAGGGCCUGCGGCUACGUGGUGUGCUGGAAGUGCUCGGACAAUAAGGUGGCGCUCGAGUACGACGGCAACAAGAUGAACAAAGUCUGCAGGGACUGCUUCUCCAUGCUGACGGGAGAGAGCGUCGCCGAGGGCAAGAAGAAGGGCAUACUGGAGAUCGAGGCAGCUCAGUUCUCGGGCAGCAGCAUCAUGUGCGGCUUCCUGCAGUACUGUGAGAAGAACAAACCCUGGCAGAAGGUGUGGUGCGUCAUCCCCGAGAAGGAAUGUGUGGUGCUCUACCUCUACGGAGCUCCGCAGGACGUGAAGGCCCAGUGCACCAUCCCCCUCCUGGGUUACUCUGUGGACGACAGCGUCCGGCCCGCCGACACUCCGGCCAGCUUCCGCCUCUCCCAGUCCAAGUCGGUCCACAGCUUCGCCGCGGACACCGAGGAGCUCAAGCAGCGUUGGCUGAAAGUCAUCCGAGUGGCGGUGACGGGCGGGAUGCCGGAAUGCCCCCAGACCAACGGCGGCAACACAAGCGUGACGGACAACAACAACACCGCGCAAGAGGCGGCCAGCGACAGCACAUAAGGCCUUUUUUUUCCGCGAGCAAAUUGCUGUCCGGCUGCUCGAGAAAGACGGGAUGUGCAGUUUGUUUUUUGCACAAACAGAACACUCCCCGUGAGGUCUUCUAAAGAUUAAGCGGGGGGAGAAAAAAAUAAUCAGUGCUGGAUAAGCUGCCUUUUCUUGUUGCUCCCCUGUUCCCCAGUUUCCUCCUGGGGUUUUCUCACAGACCCAAACUUUUGAUUCAGAGCUGGGCUGGAUCUACUAAAGGGCCUCUGGUACAAUCAACACUAGAGCAGAGGGGCUUCAGGACCAGUUGGACGUCCCUUAAAACUAGCACUAUUAAAAAAACUCAUCAGUCUUCAUCAGCCUCCGCCAACUCCUCCUCGAGCCAGUGGACCACCACAGACUGACGCCACGCUCGGCAGAGGAUGUGAAUCGAAGCUAUGAAAGGACAGUUCAAACUGCUGGUGCUGUAACUCGGCCUCCGUGUUCACGUACAGUCGUGUUUUUAAGUGUACAGAAAUCGGUCUUGUUCCUAAAUCACAGGAAAACCAUCUAAAGUAUGAUAUAAAGCAUUUGCAGUAUUCUCCCCGUUUUCCUUUUUGCUAAAGAAGAUGCUCACCUCCCCUCUCUCGUCCCGCGGUCUGAUCGAACUCCGGAUGCCCUGAUGGGCGAUAAGACAGCUCACCAUGUAAACUACCAGCAUCUUCUCCCGGCGAUACAUUAAUCUUACAGUAUAUUGCACAAUCAGCAAAUAUCGCUAUGGUGAAUGUCGCAGGAAUUCAAAAGAGAAAACAAUUAAAGGUAAAAUAACCACAUGCGAAUGUCUGUUUGAGACUCUUCUAGUUUAUCGAAUAUACCCGACCGGGGGGCCUGGAUUCGAACCAUCAACCUUCUUGCUGCGAGGCAACCGUGCGAACCACCACACCACCGCGCCGUCCAACUGUAGAACGGCCACGCUUAAAAAUAUAUAUAUAAGGGAUCUUAUAAAAUUCCCACAAUGCAAAUCAACAGCAUGGUUUAGCAGUAUGACGGUUCGACCAGUUUUCUCCAGAUCGAGCAAACUUGAUUUUACUGUAAUAUAUGCGGGGUUGUCUCUUUAAAGGAGGAACAAUUGGAGCAAACUGACAAAUCGCUAUGGUCUGACAGUAUCUUCUGUAAUACAUUGCCUACAUUAUAGUUUGUAUCAAAACGCCACAUUACAAUCGUGUUUUCUAAUCCAGCAUAAGUGAUUGGACGAUAGAUCUUUUUACGUGCAAGACUGAGGUUUAAUAGCAAAUAGUAGUCAAACGGUCACCGACCUCAAUUCAUGUAGAGAGAGAGAGAGAGAGAGAGAGAGAGAGAGAGAGAGAGAGAGAGAGAGAGAGAGAGAGAGAGAGAGAGAGAGAGAGAGAGAGAGAGAGAGAGAGAGAGAGAGAGAGAGAGAGAGAGAGAGAGAGAGAGAGAGAGAUGAGCAGGGUUCCUUAUCGUCCUUCUGCGGUCGUUUUCCUUUCCCAUGCAAAUGCAGCACAAUCUCAGAUAUUAACAAGCUGUCGCGCGAGAGUGAAAUUGUAAAUGUGUUUUUUAAUGAUGUAAUUAUUAUUUAAAAAGUAAUUUAUAGAGAAUGACGAGCAUGACCUGUUAAUAGUAGCACAACUUUUGCUCCCUCGCUGUCCACUAAGAAGAGCAGUAGGCAGAACUUGUUUUUUUUCUUCUUCCACUAACUCUACAAACGUUGAGGGGGAAAUGUGCCUAUAUUCUCCGCAGUGAGCAUCUUCAUUUACUUGCUGCCCAUGUGCAAAGAUCCCCCUGUACUCAAUGCUGGUGCCCCCUCCCUCUGAACUCUUUCCCCCUCCUCAGUAUUCAAAUAAAUACAAUUUUUUAAAAAAGCACAAAACUUCACCCAUCUGUAAGAUCUGAAUGUAAAUCCUGAUUUUUGUCCUUUCCAUCCUCCUCCUCCUCCGCCCUCAAAGGUUUGAGAAUCUACGCACUUUACAGUCCUAUAAAGUGUACCUUCAAAUAAAACAAGAGUAAUUCAAAUAUGA